AUGGACUACGUUAAUAAUAUUAUGAAUAUUCUAUAUGACACAAAGAAAUAUACCUCUGUUUCUUUGAAUGAAAUUCAUAUUGCGCAUAGGAGAUUACAGCUCUUCUUAGAAGACAGUUUAUAUCAGGGAGUUAUUAAUGAAGACACUUUGAAUUUCUUAAAGAAUGAUUUUCCACUCAUCCCUACAGCUUUUGGAAUCGCAAAGGUACACAAAAAUGUGGACAACCCCCUAUAUAGGCUUAUAGUGGCUGGUCAGAACAGUUCUACUUACCCUUCAGGUGCUUUUGUUUAUAGGUUGAUCAAGGAUGUUUUGGGUUCAGUUACUCAAGUCAUCAAGGACUCUUGGGACUUUCUAACCAGGAUCAAGUCCCAUUUUUCCUCUGACACCAGAGGAUUUUCAGUGAUAGACAUUGUUGAUUUAUUUAGUUUGAUCCCACAUGAGGAAGGUUUGGAGUUGUUCCAUGAAGCCUUAUUGGCAUAUUUAAAAUUGAGCAACACAAUGGUAAACUUUGUCAUGGAACUAAUGGAAUGGAUACUUUACAAUAAUUUCAUCUCUUUUGAGGAUGAGUACUUCAAACAAGUAAAGGAUUCAAAUGACUGUUUUACAUGCACAGCAGCUUACUGGCCUAAUGAACAGCGAGAUGCUUGUAUCCAAAAAGUAAUAUAUUUUCUAGCAUUUGAUGAACCCUUGGGGACAACUUUGGCUGUACUGUCUACAUUUAUUGCAUUUAUACCUGCUGCCAUUCUGUUAAUUUUUAUAAGAAGUAAAAAUACUCCAAUUGUAAAAGCGAACAACCGAGAGCUUAGCUAUCUUCUUCUAUUUGCUCUUAUCCUUUGCUUUCUUUGUUCCUUACUGUUCAUUGGACAGCCAACAACUAUAACUUGUCUUCUUCGCCAGGUCAUUUUUGGAAUUAGUUUUGCUCUCUGUGUCUCAUGUGUUCUAGCAAAAACAAUGAUGGUUAUCAUAGCAUUCAGAGCCACAAACCCAAACAGUAACCUGAGACAGUGGGUGGGGCCUAGAUUACCCUCUAUUGUUGUGUUCACCUGUACUUUACUUCAAGUUGUGAUUUGCUCUGCUUGGUUGGCUAGCACACCGCCAUUUCCAGAACACAACAUGACAUCUCAGAAUGGGAUUAUCAUCCUCGAAUGCAAUGAAGGAUCCAAUGUGGCUUUCUGGUUCAUGUUGAGUUAUAUGGGACUUUUGGCUGUAGCUAGCUUUGCUAUGGCCUUUCUGUCUCGGAACCUACCUGAUAGCUUUAAUGAAGCCAAGUUUAUCACAUUCAGUAUGUUGGUCUUUCUCAGUGUCUGGCUGUCAUUUAUACCAGCAUACCUGAGUACAAAAGGCAAGUUCUUGGUAGCUGUAGAAAUAUUUGCAAUAAUAUCAUCAAGUGCAGGUUUGCUUACUUGCAUUUUCAUUCCUAAAUGCAUAAUUAUACUGUUGCAGCCUGAAAAUAACAGCAGAGAUUAUUUAAUGAAAAGGGGUAAUAAAUAA